AUGUAGUUUUCCGUAGAGUAAGUGUUAGGACUUUUAGUUAGAAAGUCUUAUUCAAAUUUUAGGACAAUGAUGCACAAUAGUGCAGCUGACUCGCGUUCCGUUAGUAAUUUCGAGUUGAAAGCCAUCAAUGCCAUCGAUAACCGUCGCUUCUGUCGUGGAUUGAAAAGUUUGUUCCUGGAGUAUUGCUCGAAUAGUACCAUUCAUGGAAUUAAAUACUUCGGAUGUAAAAGGCGCACCAUCUAUGAGAAGGUUUGGUGGGUGGUGACGUUUCUCAUAUCGGUAUACGGAUGCAGCCAGUUGAUUCAGAAUAUCUACCGCAAAUGGGAUCAAACGCCGGUGAUUGUGAGUUUCAACGAGAAGAGUACUCCGGUGUGGCAGAUUCCAUUUCCAGCGGUAACGAUUUGUCCCGAAACGAAGGCUAAGACGGAAUAUUUGAACUUUACCACACUGUUUCAUCAAGUGCAGAAUGAGACUGACAAAGAGCUGCUGGAUGAGGAAAGCUACGACAGAUUCCGAGCGUUGGCUCAGGUUUGUGACGCCCAUAUUACGCGAAAUUUUAUGCUGAAUCAAACGGUGGAUAGUGAGUGCGUAAACUGGUUGAAGAACAUUUCCGUUUCUAAAGAUGAGAUGUUAAUGUUCUGCAAAUGGCGAAAUGAAGCCUCUUCGUGUGAUUAUAUGUUUUCGGAAACGUUGACCGAGGAAGGCAUUUGCUAUACGUUUAACUCACUUAGUGCAGAAGAUUUACUGAGGCAAGAAGUGUUGCACGUGGAUUAUCCUUACGUUACGAAGAAUAUAUCGUCGACGCAAUGGUCGCUGGAAACUGGCUAUCGGGAGGAUGCUGACAUUGAUACUUAUCCAGUAAGGGUGCUUGGAGCUGGAGCACGUGCUGGGUUGAAUAUUCUGCUGAGACUGUACAAAUACGAUUUGGAUUAUCUGUGUCGAGGUCCUGUGCAAGGUUUCAAAGUAUCGCUGCAUACAUCUGGCGAGUAUCCUCAGGUAUCGAAGCAGUACUUCCGAGUGCCACUCCAUCAAGAGGUAAUCAUAUCGGUUAAACCGGAGAUGAUAACCACUUCCGAAGGUUUGCGCCAUUAUGCUCCUCACCGCCGCCAGUGCUACUUCAACUACGAACGCCGGCUUAAGUACUUUAAGGUCUACACGCAGCAGAACUGCGAACUGGAAUGCAUCACCAAUUUCACGCUGGCAACCUGUGGGUGUGUGAAAUUUUCGAUGCCCCGUGAUGAGGGGACGGAAAUUUGCGGAGCUAGCCAGAUCGAGUGCUACAAUGAAGCCGAGGACGAGCUGCUGAGCCAUGAAGUCAAGUACACGGUGGAUAAAAGUUACGACUUCCGGGCCAAGUGCGACUGUUUGCCGGCGUGCGUUUCGGUGCAGUACGAUGCCGAGAUUUCCCAGGCGGAUUUCAACUGGAAGGAUCUGUUUCAUGCCUACAAGAGUCCACUGGAGGAGUUUCCUGGAGUGCAACUGGCCCGAUUGACGAUCUACUUCAAGGAAGCGCAGUUUAUCACCUCCAAGCGUAGUGAGCUGUACGGUGUGACGGAUUUCCUUGCCAACUGUGGUGGCCUGCUGGGAUUGUUUAUGGGAGUCAGCCUGCUGAGUCUGGCCGAGAUUGUGUACUUUUGCUCGAUUCGGCCAUUUACCAUACUGCGGUCGUACCGAACCAAGCAAACUCAACCGAAGCCCAUUGCGCCCUUCAUGGCUCCUGUGUUCGAUAUUGAGAAAACUAAGGAAAAUUAAGAACAUAAUAAAUAAAUCUUUGUUGAGUAUGUUGUAAAUGUAAGAAAUUAUUAUAUUCUAGUCAGUCUUAUCUACAUUUCAGAUUCAUAAAAGAAUAAUAAAAUACCAAUUGAAGAGGAUUUAUACUGUCAAUAAU